GGGAAAGUUGUCGCUUUGUGUUUUCUUGUUGGAGAAGCAGAAAAGCUCUGACAGUAAACGCUGUAGACACUAGACGGGGCCUGGAUGACGACUUCAGAAACUUCAAACCUAAGCCGACCACAACGAGCUAACAAGGGUUUGAGAAAGUCAGAGGGUUCGAAGGAAGGAAUUAGCCCACUUACUAAGAAAUAUUGGCAUCAACGAUACAGGCUGUUCUCGAAAUACGACCAAGGCAUCCAAAUGGAUGAAGAAGGUUGGUUCUCUGUAACACCCGAAGAAACUGCCAUUAAACAUGCUCAGAGGUGUUCAGAUCAUGACCUUGUUAUUGAUUCCUUCUCUGGAGUUGGUGGAAACGCUAUUCAGUUCGCCGCAAAGGGCUGUCAUGUUAUUGCCAUAGACAUAGAUCCUGUAAAAGUUGAGCUGGCCAUGAAUAAUGCAAAAGUAUAUGGAGUUGAGGAAUAUAUUGAUUUCAUUGUUGGAGAUUUUUUCGCACUUGCUCCGUCGCUGAAGGGGGAUAUAGUGUUUCUUUCACCGCCAUGGGGUGGUCCUUCUUAUAAGGACAUUCAAACAUUUACACUCGAGUUACUUAAGCCAAUAGAUGGUUAUACUUUGUUUCAGGUUACUCAAGCUAUAACUCCCAAUAUCAUUAUGUUUCUACCUCGGAACAUAAACCUGAAACAAGUUCCGGAGUUGUCCUGGUUGUCUUCUCCUCCUCUGGAGCUUGAGGUUGAACCAAAUUAUAUACAGAACCAUCUCAAGGGUGUUACUCUGUACUUUGGUAGUACGGUAGCUGCUUCGCCGAGAUGUUCUACCGAUGCCGAUGAUCUUGUAUGAAUCACAGGGUAUAAAGUCCUUCCAUAUGAAGACAGUGUAAUUAAAAGUGUUGAAUGCAAUCUUCUUUUAUCAGCAAAAAAUUGGAUGGUCAUGGGAUGAAUUAACAGCCAUGCAGGCUUUGACGGUUUUUUUUUUUCCCCUUGUUUGGAGCUAUCUCAAUUUGAACUAAAAUGGCAAUGGAAAGAAAGCAACAAGAGGCAACAUAUAAUGACCUUUAUUAUUAA